AUGGUGCUAUCAGAUGCUGAGAAGGCGGCUUUGGAGCCCUUGUUUGUGAAGAUUGACGCUGACGCUGAGAAGAUUGGAGGUGAAGCCAUGGAGAGUCUCUUCCAGCACCAUCCAGACACCAAGUCCCACUUCACUCACAUGGACGUGACCCCCGGCAGUCAGGAUCUGAAGACACAUGGAGGGAAGAUCAUCCAUGCCAUUAAUGAUGCCCUCAACCACUAUGGAAAACUGCAGGAGAACUUGGCCACACUGCAGGAGAUGCACACCAACAAGCUGAAGCUCAGUGUGGACACCAUCAAGCUGCUGUGUGGUUGUCUUCUGGAGGUCAUAGUCAAGCAUUUCCCAGAUGUGGACAAGUCUGCCUGUGACAAGUUCCUCAAUGAAGUUGCUGUUGCCCUGAUCUCCAGCUGA